GGAGGACGAAUUACACAUACUCACUCAUUGUCUACUUGCGGCCAAAAUAGCAAUAGCAUACAGAUGGAAACAACAGCAAAGCCCAAAAUUAACAGAAGUCCUAACACGCCUCGACACAACAUGCAACUUCGAACGAAUGGCCAGCCGCCUUCGAAGCAAAGAACAUAUCUUUGCCAGGCACUGGCAACGCUGGGCCCAGUUUAGAGACCAACCAGAAAGCUAG